AAAUGGAUCCGUGUUUGAUCACACAUUCCCAAAUGUUAGGUCAGAACGCGCCCACUGCAUUGUAUGGGUGGCUUUGCCAAAAUGGGAUGGCGUAGCAAGUCCGCCCAGCUCCAGGAGCUGAUUAACCCCGGGGGCAGCGUUCAGUGGGACUCAGGGCGAGGUCUGACAGCACACACACACACAGAGAGAGAGAGAGAGAGGGCUGUGAACAUGUCCCUGCUUCCGCUGGUGCGCUCCUUCCUCACCGCCAAGCGGGGACCCCUGCCCGCAAUCCAGGCGUUCCGGCGCAACACCGGCGGCAGACCGGCGGCGGAGCGAGCCGCUGGGGGCUUGAAAACCGCGGAGGAUCUCCCCGGCACGGGCCUGCUCUCCAACUUCUACUGGCAUUUCAUCAGAGGAUACUACGAGAAAACCCACGAGCUGCAGAUUGUGCAGAAGAAGAUGUUCGGUCCCAUCUGGAAGAACAAGUUUGGCCCCAUCACUGUCAUCAAUGUGGCCACCGCUGAUUUGAUUGAGCAGGUUUUGCGGCAGGAGGGUAAAUACCCAGUGCGGGCCCAUAUGCCACACUGGAGGGAGUACAGAGAGUUGAGAGGGCAAGCUUAUGGACCGCUUUGUGAGUAUGGGGAGAAGUGGCAUCAAUUACGGAGCAUGUUGAAUCCCAAGAUGCUGAAGCCAAAAGAAGUGUCUAAUUAUUCUCCUGCCAUCAAUGAGGUGGUGACUGACUUUGUGAAGAAAGUUAAGUGGCUGAGAGAAAACCAGGGCGGAGGGGUGAUGCUGAAUGAUGUGUCCAGCGAGCUGUACAAAUUCGCGUUUGAAGCAAUCUGCAUAAUACUGUUUGAAACAAGGAUGGGAUGCUUGGAAGAGAAAGUUCCCGAGGAAACGGAUAAAUUCAUCAAGGCCGUGUUUGAAAUGUUCCGCCUCUCCGCGAUUGUUGUCUUCUUUCCAAAAGCUUUGUGGCCCUAUAUACCACAGUGGAAACAAUUUGUAGCAGCAUGGGACUAUAUCUUUUACAUCACUGAGAAGCUUGUCAAUAAGAAGAUAAGAGAGAUCGAGGAGCACGUUGAGAAGGGCUGUGCAGUGGAAGGAGAAUACCUCACGUACCUACUGGCCAAUAUCAAGAUGACUCCUUUUGAUGUGUAUGGCAGCCUGUGUGAGCUCCUGUUGGCUGCAGUAGACACCACCUCCAACACGACCUCUUGGAUCCUGUACAAUCUGGCUCGGGAGCCAUCUAUUCAACAGCAGCUGUAUGAAGAGGUGACCAGUGUUUGUCCCGGCGACCAAAUCCCCGAAGCGAAAGACUUUGCCAACAUGCCGUUCUUGAAGGCAGUGGCCAAAGAGACUCUCCGGAUGUAUCCAGUCGUCCCUGGCAACGCUCGACUUGCCAUAGAGAAGGGAGUGGUGGCUGGAGGAUAUUACUUUCCUAAAAAUACUCUCUUCCACCUGUGUCACUAUGCCGUUUCUCAGGAAGACAGUGAGUUCACUGAGUCCAGGAGUUUUCAGCCAAACCGCUGGCUUCGCACAAACAAAGAGGAGAAGAACCAGCACCAUCCCUUUGCCUCCAUCCCCUUUGGGUUUGGUACCCGUACCUGCCUGGGCAAGAGGGUGGCAGAGCUGGAGAUGUACAGUGUGAUCUCACAGUUAAUCAAACACUUCGAAGUCAGGCCAGACCCGUCAGGGAAAGUGGUGAUGGCGAAGACGAGGACUCUGCUUUGUCCUGGAAGUCCCAUCAACUUGCAGUUCAUCGACAGGAAGUGAUGGAGCGACUGCCUGAAAGACCAUGUUCCCUGUCACACUGCCCACUGUUAGGACAUGGGGCUGAACCCUUCUGUUAAUUAAGCCAAGCACCCAGGGAAGCUCACCUCGCCUUAUAACCUGUUAAAAUGUUAGUGACAGAGAACUCCCAAGUUCCACUAUUUAAAGACAAUAAUAUCAAUUUAUUCCUUAACUCUAAAAGUGAACACUAAACAACAACUAUGCACAACUCUAAGUCCUCCUUUCUCUUAACCGCUUAUUACCUGCCUCCAAAUCUAUAACAAUAUACUGUUCCAAUAAAAAAAAUGCAUCAAAAUUACACCAUAUUAAUUUCCAAACCAUACAGCGGCUGAGGUCUCCAGUGUCUUUCUUCUUUUGGCUGAGAUCUCCCUGGUUCAUCUUCUGUCUUUUUUACUGUGAAGAUGUUUCAUGUGAAAAGGUACAUAGAACACAGAAUGUUUCAGUACAGUGCCUUUAACCCUCGAUAUUGCGCCAACCUGUGAAAAUAAUCUGAUGCCCAUCUAACUGACACCAUUCCAUUAUUAUCCAUAUGUAUGUCCAAUGCUGAUUUAAAUGUCCUUAAUGUUGGCAAAUUAGAGGCAGGCCAUUCCACACCCUUACUACUCUCUGAGCGAAGAAACUACCCGUGAUAUCUUCCUAAAUCUAUCACCCCUCAAUUUAAAGCGAUGUCCCCUCAUGUUAGCUUUCACCAUCCGAGGAAAAAGGCUCUCCCUGUCCACCCUAUCUAACCCUCUGAUUGUCUUAUAUGUCUCAAUUAAGUGACCUCUCAACCUUCUUCUCUCUACCAAAAACAACCUCCAUUCCCGCAGCCUUUCCUUGUAAGACCUCCCUUCCAUACCAGGCAACAUCCUAGUAAAUCCUCUGAACCCUUUCCAAAGCUUCCACAACCUUCCUAUAAUGCGGUGACCAUAACUGCAUGCAAUACUCCAGGUGUGGCCGCACCAGUGUCUUGUACAGCUGAAGCAUGACCUCAUGGCUCCAAAACUCAAUUCCCCCUGCCAAUAAAUGCCAACACACCAUGUGCCUUCUUAACAGCCCUAUCAACCUGGGUGGCAACUUUCACGGAUUUAUGCACCUAGACACCGAGAUCUCUUUGUUCAUCUAUACUGCCAGAAAUUUUCCAAUUAGCCCAGUACUCUGCAUUCCUGUUAUUUCUUCCGAAGUGAACUACCUCAUACUUUUCUGCAUUAAACUCCAUUUGCCACUUCUCAGCCCAGCUCUGCAUCUUAUCUAUGUCCUUCUGUAACCCACAACAUCCUUCGGCACUAUCCACAACUCUGCCUACUUACUAACCCAUUCUUCCAUGCCCAUCUCCAGACCAUUUAUAAAAAUGACAGUCAUGGUCCCAAAACAGAUCCUUGUGGCACACCACUGAGCUCCAGGAUGAACAUUUUCAUCAACCAUCACCCUCUGUCUUCUUUCAGCUAGCCAAUUUCUGAUCCAAACCGCUAAAUCACCUUCAAUCCCGAAACUCUGCAUUUUGUUCAAUAGCCUAACGUGUUGAACCUUAUCAAACACCUUACUGAAGUGCAUAUACACCAUAUCAACCGCUUUACCUUCAUCCACCUGUUUUGUCACCUCCUCGAAGAACUCAAUAAGGUUAGUGAGGCAUGACCUACCCUUCACAAAACCGUGUUGACUAUCCCUAAUCAUCUUACUCCUUUCCAGAUGAUUAUAACCUUUUCCAACACCUGACCCACAACCAAAGUAAGGCUAUAAUUACCAAGGUUGUCUCUACUCUCCUUAAACAAGGGAACAACAUUUGCUAUCCUCCAGUCUUCUGGUACUACUCCUAUCAACAAUGAUGACAUAAAGAUCAAAACAGUGAGUAAAAAAUGAGGUCUGCAGAUGCUGGAGAUCACAGCUGCAAAUGUGUUGCUGGUCAAAGCACAGCAGGUUAGGCAGCAUCUCAGGAAUAGAGAAUUCGACGUUUCGAGCAUAAGCCCUUCAUCAAAACCAAAGGCUCUCCAAUCUCCUCCUAUCACCCUCACCUUGACCUCCUUCCACCUAUCACAUCUCCAUCGCCCCUCCCCCAAGUCCCUCCUCCCUACCUUUUAUCUUAACCUGCCUGCCACCCUCUCCUCAUUCCUGAUGAAGGGCUUAUGCCCGAAAUGUCAAAUUUCCUGUUCCUUGGAUGCUGCCUGACCUGCUGUGCUUUAACCAGCAACGCAUUUUCAAUCUGAGGAUAAACCCCAUCCAGCCCAGGGGUCUUACGUAUUUUCAGAUCUUCCAAAAUUACUAAAACCUCCUCUUUGUCAAUCUCAAUCCCAUCUAAUCCUGUAGCCUGUAUCUCUGUAUUCUCACUAACAUUGCCCUGUUCCAAUGUGAAUAAUGAGGAAAAGUAUUCAAUAAGCACUUCCCCUAUGUCCUUAGAUUCUACACGCAACUUUCCACUACUAUCUUUGAUUGACCUUAAUCUUACUCUAGUCAUUCCUUUGUUGCUGAUAUAUCGUUGGAAGGCCUUAGGGUUUUCCUUGACCCUAUCGACGAACAACUUCUCAUGUCUCCUUCCUGGCUCUUCUUAACCCUCUCUUAAGAUCUUUUCUGGCUAACUUAUAAAUCUCAAGCCCGCUAACUGAGCCUUCAUGCCUCAUCCUCCCGUAAGCCGCCUUCUUCCUCUUGAUAAGAGCUUCAACUUCUUUAAUAAACCAUGACUCCCUUUCUCGACAACUACCUCCCUGCCUGAUAGAUACAGGGGAACCUCGAUUAUCCGAACAAGAUGGGCGGGCACUAUUUUGUUCGGAUAAUCAAUUAUUCGAUUAAUUGAUUAAAUGCCUUUUCUCUGGUGCUCGGAGUUUUAAAAGUCUGCUCCAGUUCAGGAGACUGCAGCAGUUUACAGCGAGCGAGACCCUGCCCUCAUCCAACUCCGGCCCAGUCCAACACUGACCCAUCCAACUCUGCCUCCUGCCCCAUUCCCCCAACCCCAUCCAUCCCGCCCCCUCUCUGGGGCAGCCAGACUGUACACCAACAACAAGACUUCUGCAGUUGCCUUUGUGGGGUAAGUCUCCAAAUAGCGCGCGCACACACACACACAGCCACACACACAUUUUACUGAGGCUUUGUCAGAGGUUCUACCACUUCCCUGUACAGGACAAUGUUGGAGAGGUUAUCUGGGGAAGGGGGGGUUUAGGGUACACCCCUUUGUAGAACUCCAGGGAAAGUGUGGGGAGACAGAGUGGGUGGGAGGUCAGUCAUUUGGAGAUGGGGCGUGUUUAAUCACUGUAAAUAAAAGAUGCGAUCACUGUUGGAAACACAUCUUUUAUGUAAUGUUUCUGUCAGGACCUCGAGAUCUCCUUCAGAUAAUCUGAUUUUCAGAUAAUUGGUAUUUGGAUAAUCGAGGUUCCUCUCGAUAUACUGAUCAAGGAUCCGUAGUAGCUGUUCCUUGAAUGACCUUGAUAUUUCAACUGUGUCCAUCUGCAGUUUCCUUACUCAUCCUAUGUAUCCUCAAUCUUGCCUACUCGCAUCAUAAUUGCCUUUCCCCUAGUUAUACCUCUUUCCCUGCGAUAUAUACCUAUCCCUGCCCAUUGCUGUUGUAAACAAAACCAAAUUGUGGUCACUAUCGCCAAAGUGCUCACCUACCUCCAAAUCUAACUCCUGCUUGGGUUCAUUCCCCAGUACCAAUAUGCCAUCGUCCCCUGUUGGCCUGUCUACAUACUGUACACAUUGAAUAAAAACUGACCCAUCUAAACUACUAGAACUAUAGUAUUCCCAGUCAAUAUUGGGGAAGUUAAAGUCCACCAUAACAAUUACCCUGUUACUCUCAGUCCUAUCGGAAAUCAUCUUUGCUAUGCUUUCCUCUACACGUCUGGAACAAUUCAAAGGCCUAUAGAAAACUCCCAACAGGGUAACCUCUCUUUUCCUAUUUCUAACCUCAGCCCAAACUACCUCAGCGACUGAGUCCUCAAAUGUUCUCUCAGUUGCUGUAAUGCUAACUUGAUUAACAAUGCAACCACUUUCCCCUCCCACUCCCCCUAUCUUUUACUAUCUUCUCUGCUGAAACAUUUAAAUCCCAGAAUCUGCAACAACCAUUCCUGUCCCUCUUCUAGCUAUGUCUCUGAAAUGGCCACAGCAUCGAAAUCCCAAGCACCAAGAGUGUUUCUCAAUGACAGUCUUUCUUGAUGGCCUGUUUUUUGUACCCCCAACUUUGGAUUGUCUCAUUGGUUUAAUGUUGGUAAAACAAUAAAUUCAAACUCAAUUGGGUUUUUGUAUCCUGGGGCAUAAUUUAAAUUGAUUAGUUAAAUUCGAAUUGUUGUCAAAACAGCAACCAACCCAGGUAUCUAUUUCACAGCCAAAUGUUACAUAUUUUCAAUUAUCCAGCCAUUCACUCUGUCAUGAGGGUGUACAGUGCUUGUCUUCAAUUUCAUAAAACCUCCCCAGUUAAGGAAAAGAUGAACUGUCAUAAUGAAAAGAUUGUUUCAUUCUUUUCUAAUUCUUAAUCCCAUUACAAUGAAAUACAUAGGACAUUAAUCUAAGUUCAUUUUAAUUUCUGCACAGAUAUAUAUAUAUAUGUAUAACACUGGAAUCUGUUCAAUCUUAUCUAUUUUUAUCCUUUAAAUCCGCAAUAACGCAUCUGCUAACACAUUGUUACAACCCGCAACAUGUACAAUUUGUAAAUUAAAAGUGUGUAACA